AUGCAAAACCCCCCUCUUUUCUUCCACCCAUCCCACCCCAUGUUCCUGCCCUCUUCACCUGGCCAUCAGCUAUCUGAGAAGCUGGGCCAUUUCGUUUUCCUGCAUGUGCGCCGGCACAACACGGACAUCAUGCGGGACGAUGCCUCGUACCUGCGCUGCCGGCACCUCGACCGCGACACACGUCUAUCUGAGAAGCUGGGCCACUUCGUUUUCCUGCACGUGCGCCGGCACAACACGGACAUCAUGCGGGACGACGCCUCUUACCUGCGCUGCCGGCGCCUUGACUGUGUGAACCCAGCCUACCCUCUCCCUCUCUCCCCCCCUCCCCACCACCAGCUAUCUGAGAAGCUGGGCCAUUUUGUCUUUCUGCACGUGCGCCGGCACAACACGGACAUCAUGAGGGACGACGCCUCUUACCUGCGCUGUCGGCACCUCGACCGUGACACACGUGUGCCAGCUAUCCGGAGACACAUCUGGCGCCUUAUACCUGAAAACAGCACUCUCUAUAUUGCCACAGACGAAGUCAACCAGGGGUUCUUCUCAGGCCUCAAGCAGUGGUAUGACAUUCGCCUUGCUCGGAGCUUUGACCAUAUCCUCAAAGGCAAGGUCACCAACAACUACCAGGUGUUUGCCAUUGAGAAGCACCUCUCCAAGUUUGCAUCCUUCUUUGUAGCCACGUUCUGUGAUGAGGCUGACUCCUAUGACUUCCCUCGCCUGAUCAAGCUCUCACAGCAACAUUACCACCAACAGCAGCACCACCGGUCGUCGAUCUCCUGCCGAGCCACCGUCUCUCAGGACCCGGCAACCCUCUCCUCAACACGGGACGCCGUUAACGGUAACGUUAACGUCAAUGCGGAAACCGACGCCGUCCCGUCGUCUCCCCUCAGCUACGACUCACCGCCUGCCGCUCAAACCGGCAACGGCGCGUCCCCGGAGUUCCCGCAACCCGUGUCUGGGUUGUCGUUUUCCGAGCGCAAAUUCGGACCGUUGGCGGAGGUGCCUCCGGAGGAAUACGAUUUGGCGGUGGCGGAGCGCGCGGUGCAGCUGUCUUGCCGGCUGACGCAGCGCGUGCAGGACCAGCUGCGACGCGCGGAAGACGUCGCGCGGUCGAAGAAGGACAAGUCGUUCGUCACCGUCGCAGACUGGGGAGUGCAGGCGGUGGUGAGCUGGGUGCUGAAGCAAGCCUACCCCGACGAGCCAAUCUCCAUGGUGGCGGAGGAAGACACCAAGGAGCUCACUGGCCAGGCGGGCGUGGCCGUGCUGCAGCGCCUCGUGCAAACCGUCAACGAGUGCCUCGCGGAAGCCGCCCUAGUCGGGAUCCCCCCGCCCGAAGCGCCGCUCACGGCGGUGCAGGUGCUGCAGGCGAUCAGCCGCGGGGGGUCGGAGGGGGGCGCGGAGGGGCGGCACUGGGUGUUGGAUCCCGUAGACGGGACGUUAGGGUUUGUGCGGGAUGAUCAAUACGCGGUCGCGCUCGCGCUGCUGCAGGACGGGCAGCUGAAAGUCGGCGCGCUGGGCUGCCCGAAUUUUCCGGUCAGGUCGGGGUGGCUCCGGCACCCGCACCGGUUCCACCGGCUGACCGCGAAAUAUUUCCCGCCGACCAAGUGGCAUAAGGGGUUUGUGCUGAAGGCGCAGAGGGAGGGUGGUGCGUGGAUGGAGUCGCUGGUGGAGAUUGGGAGGGAUGGAGGGGCGUUGAGAGCGGUUCCAGUGCCGGUUAGGGUUUCGCCUGUGCGGGAUGCAGCGCUGGCGACGUUUUGCGAGCCGGUGGAGAAGGCAAACUCGAACCAAUCGUUCACUGCUGAGCUGGCAGACACGCUCGGCAUCAGCAAUGAGCCUCUGCGAGUGUACAGCAUGGCCAAGUAUGCUGCCAUUGCACGGGGCGACGCUGAGAUCUUCAUGAAGUUUGCGCGCGGCAGCUACAAGGAGAAGAUCUGGGACCAUGCAGCAGGCGUGAUUAUAGUGGAGGAGGCGGGCGGCGUGGUGACCGAUGCGGGCGGCAACCCCUUGGAUUUUAGCAAGGGGAGGUUUCUGCUGGGGCUGGACAGAGGGAUCAUGGCGACCAAUGGCCCGGAGAUGCAUGAGCAGCUGCUGAGCACUGUAGAUGCCAGUUGGAGUGCUUCCCGCCUGUAA